AAAAUACCAUCAUAGAACUUAGCAAGAUGAGCAAUGUUACACAGAUAUAGAUAAGAAAAAGAAUUUUUGGACUAACAAAUUUAAGAAUGGGAUCUCUUGAAAAAGAAUGCUUAGACGCAUUGGCUGUCAGAAGAUUAUUUGUUUUUAUGAAAGAAAACCUUGAUUUUGAGUCAUUGCAAGAUGAAUUGAUUCAGAGAGAAUUAUUACAUGAGAAAGAAAAAGAAGACUAUAUAUAUAAAACUAAGAGUAAACAUUUUUGGAAUGAAAAACUAAUCAAACUAAUUAUCAAAAAAAGAAGAUGCAAAGAAUUUAUUGAAUUUAUCAACGAUAUGCCUUGCCUUACACAUAUUUCUGAAAAAAUUGUCGAAAUUCAGAAAAACACGGAAAGUUCAUCAUCAGAUCUAUCAGUUGCUGUGCCAAUAAGUGAUGCAUUAUUGCAGGAACAUUUAGCUAUCCUUUACAAUGAACUUGAACCUCGUGAAAUUGCAGAUGAAAUGUUUCAGGCUGGUCAUAUUAACGUCAGUGACCACGAUGAUGUGACUGAAUGUCCCAAGAAGUGGAAACGAAUGAAAUGUCUUUUGAAUAUAUUAAAAAAGAAUAAGUUGUAUACACCUUUUGGUUACACAUUGUCUUUGAAGUAUGUGGAAGUGCUGGACGUAUUACAACAGGGCAGAGAAACAACAAGCAUCACAUCCGACCAUGCUCAAUGCAUACAACAUAACUUUACUCUCCUCCAAGAGGAACUCCCGGGAACUGAUAUUGCUACAGUCACUAUGGAGCGCAUACUCGAUGAAUCGAAUAUCAGUGACAUAGAGUGUUGUUCUGGUGCAAUACGCCAGAAAUCCAAGCUGCUUAAAAUACUAUUGAUGAAAGGAAACUCUGCCUGCAUGGAACUUUUAAGAGUUGUGGAAGUGGAUUUGAAAAGAGAAGAUUUGCUACAAACUAUGAAAAAACGGAGCGCUAAUAUAAAAGAGAGAGGUAAACCUAAGUUGCCUACCAGUCUACAAAGACUGGACAUUUCGUGUCUUCAAGAACAUAAAAAAGUUUUGCAUGAUGAACUGGAUCCUUUCGAUCAUAGCGACCUCUUGUUUGAGGAGAGAGCGAUAGAAAUUAUUGCUCAUGACCAAAUUACAGAAAGUGAUUUACGUAAUAAACAGAUUGAAUACCUUUUAAAAACAAUAGAGGAAAACAAAAACGAUUGUUUUCAUUUUUUCUUAUACAUUCUUCAAAAAGAGGAAUACGAAUAUAUUCUUCAGAAGCUGUGCGAGAGGCCGGCCCCAAAAAUUGAAAGUUCUGAGUCAGUUGGAACAUUAAACUGGAAAUUAUCGCACAGUGUAAAAAAAGUACCAGAUGCCGUACACAAUGAAAAUAUAUCUGUCCGGUUGUCGAUAGAGGAUUGCAGUAGAGCACAUGUAGAAGAAAAUUUAUUUGAACGUAUUCAGUCUCCUGGUUUGGGGAUUCUAGAGGAAGCUAUUGUUCAUGGACAAAUGAUACCUGGGGAUAUUUAUCGUGGUUCCAUAAUCCUUCAUUUAAGACCAGUAACUGACGAAGCUGCUCAAACAUUGCUAAAUGCUAAAGACAAUAACAAGCUAUUGGAAAUGAUUUUUAGAAUCCUCAAAAAGGUUAAAGUUGAAGACAUUAUUGAUGAAGAAGAGCCACUGAAAAUCAAGGUGCAAGUUCAGUACGCAAAGUCAUCUAAAGAAAGGCAAGAUUCCAGUCUUUCAAAGGUUGCCCUAAUAAAAAAACGAGUGAAAAUUCAUAGUAAUGUUCUUGUGUCAGAAUUAGAGCCAAGGGCUUUGGCAUCGCUAUUGUCAAAGUCUACAAACUUGCCAGAUAAUAUCAUGCUCUCGGUUAAUAAUGCGCGUAGUUGUAAAGAAAGAGUUGAAAAGAUUUUGUCAUUGGUUGAAGCUGGAAAUGCUGGGGUUGUGGAGGAUUUUAUGAACGCUCUAAAGGAUCUUGGGUAUUUUGACAUUGUUGAGUUGAUUGACCCCUGUGACAUCCACAGCAAAGCAGAAAAUAUCAGAAAAGUUAUAACAUAUAACUAUCAACACAUCCUAAAUGAAAUGCAAAUGGCAUUAGUUAGAGAAACAUUAUCAAAGUGUAUUGGAGAUGUUGAUGGUAUAAGAGAUAAAUGUUUGCCGCGAAAUGGACAACGCAGACAAAGGAUGAGUCAAUUUCUUCAGUUUGUUCUACAAGAUGACCACAAUGUUAUUGAAUUUGAGAGAGUAAUGAAGAAGAAUGGUUUAGAUUCACUUCUAAAAAUAGAUGAAAAUAGCGAAGAAGAUCCAACACCGAACAUUGAUGUGACCAUUGUUGAGGAGGAUCAUAACUCAUUAUCUUCAAAAGAAGUCUUAUUUGAGUCCAUAAUCACCUUGUCUUAUACUGGAAAUUGUCAUGAAAGAAUAACACUACAAAACAGAGCAAGCAACACCAACGAAGAGGGUGUGAUGGCAGACCAUUUAUCCAGUGAGCCUUCAAGCUCGAUUGACAACAUGCCAAGCAUCAAGAACAGUCUGAAUUCUUUUGAAACACCAAAGCUUGUGGAAUUGUACAGACCUCUGGUUGUACGAUGUGUUAAGGUCAACGAUGUUGUUCAUUACCUGGAUGACGUCAUUUCUACACGGGAUCGCGAGGAAAUCGUCGAGAUUGGGAACCAAAAAGGCUCAACUGUUGCAAUGGAUUAUCUCUUGUCUGCAAUUGAUGGAAGUAGUAGCAGUGUCAGGUGGACAAAAUUUGUUGAUAUCUUGAAUCGCAAAGGCUACCAGUAUGUGGCAAAAGCUUUAUGUGGCGAGGAAGUUAACAGUGAUGCCUACCGAAGGUAUAAAAAUCUUCUUGGACCGCUAAAAAUGGAUUUUGUUGAAAGAGUAAAUCCAAACCAUUUAUUGUGUUUGUUGGAGGGCCAAGAAAAAAUAAUCGAAUGGUCAGAUUUCGAACACAUCAAUGCUGAAAUGGGAAACAAGGGUGCUAUGGCUGGAAUGAUAGUUCUUUUGGACAGAAUCUGGAGGAAAUCCGAGAACUGGUACACUUCAUUCUUAAAAGUGUUGUGCCAAAAGGAAUACAACGAUCUUGUUGAGAAAAUCGACCCAGUGUUUGCCUUAGAAUGGAACAAAAGAAAAACAUUGGAAAACACACGUGUUCAAGCUGUAACAUCAACCAAUGUUGUGGAUGGGGAUGAAAAGGUUACAAAAUUAUCAACGCCUGUCCAAUGUUCCAAUGAGGAAGAAUAUAAACUCCCCCCACCACUGGAUUUAGAAAGUCUUCUUUCUGGAAAUUCACAAGCUGAUAAUCUUAAAUCAGUUCAGGGAGACAAGGGUUUUAUUCAAGAUAUCCAUGAUGUAGAAAUUACUAAUGCAAAAGCAGUCGUAAAGGCCAAAGACAAAAAUGAAGACGAAACCGAUUUGAAAAAGAGAUACCAAACUGCAUCAGCGUUAUCGGUGGAAGAAAACAGACAUGAGUCUGCGGACGACCAGGGGACUAGUUUGGAAACAUUCGAGGAAAGGCUGUAUCAGAAUGAGUUAGCUUUGCCUGCUCAGCGAGGUGAAAAUUGUAUUAUAAUAGCACCAACAGGAAGCGGAAAAACGAUCGUAGCUGUCAAAAUAAUCAAGCACCACCUCGAAGUUAACAGACUUCAUGGAGUAAGAAAAGUUGCGUUUGUGGUAGAAAAAAAUAAUUUAGCCAACCAACAGUCUGAGACUAUCAAGCGUUUUGUGGACUGUCGAUUGAAAGUUAUAUCAGGAGACACCAUGCGUGAUGAGGAUUUUACAGAGCUUGCUGUUCUCCUUCCACAAUUUGAUGUUUUUGUCAUAACAGCACAGAUGUUAGUAAACGCAAUGGUUAAAGGAGAUUUGCGAAUUGAAUCAUUUUCUCUGAUUAUCUUGGACGAAUGUCAUCAUUGUCAUGGCGGCCAUGCCUUCUAUAAAACGAUGAUUCCUUACCAUGACAAGAAGCUCGAAGAUUCAGAGGAACAGAAAACUCUUCCACAGAUUGUUGGAUUAACGGCAUCUAUUGGAGUGGGAAAGGCUAAAUCUCAAACACAAGCCAUCAGUCAUAUAAAAUUAAUGAUGGCUAACCUGGACGCAAACGCAUUGGUGUCUGUAAAAGAAAACUUUGCAGAAUUAGCGGAGAAAAUGAAUUCACCAGAUCAAUCUAUUUUGAAAAUACCAAGUAGAAAGAUCGAUGACUUUGGAGCACUCAUUAAGGAACUAAUGCAGAAGACUGAAGAUUGCCUGACAGUGGCAAAAGAUGAACUAGGUGAAAAUAUGAAUCCUCCCUAUUCCAAGGGUAAUGAGGAAUAUACCCAAUGGCUAGAGAUUACUCUGCUGAAAGCUGUUGCAAAGGUUUCUGAUUCCGUCCUUAGUCGAUCCUUGUAUACAAUUAGGAAAUAUCUUAAGACGUAUAAUGAAGGGUUGAUUGUACACUCCUACGCUAGAGCAAGUGAUGCUUUCAGCUUCAUCGCUCAAAACAUUGAGGAACUCCAAAAAUCGAGCAAAAAGACUGAGGUAGAAACACAAGCAAAUGCUCUUUUUGAAAAUGCGAGAGGAAAUUUAGAAAUAUGUGCCGUCGACGGUAUGAGAUGUGAAGAAAACCCACUCCUGCUAAAGCUAAAGGAAAUCAUUCUUGACACACAUCGAGAAGAAACCAAUAUGAGAGGAAUAGUGUUCGUUCGCACACGAGUGGUCGCUGACAUCAUUGCAUCGUGGAUGGGAGAGACAGAGGAAUUAAAAAAUAUUAAGGCCAAAAAAUACACAGGGGCCCAGGCCCCUGGAGCUGAAGGGGGAAUCACCAAAAACAAACAGGAAGAAACGAUUAAAUUAUUCACGAAGGGGGACUAUAAAGUAAUCGUAGCUACAACCAUCGCAGAAGAGGGUUUGGAUAUCAAAGCAUGCAAUCUUGUAGUUAAAUAUGACUACGCUGGGAAUCUGAUAUCACAGAUCCAAGCCAAAGGCAGGGGACGGGCAGAACAUAGCAGAUUCUUUAUUCUGGCGUCGGAGGACAAAUGUGUUGCAGAGAGAGAAUGGAUGAAUUCUUUAAAAGAACCAAUGAUGGAAGAGGCAAUGGUUUUGGUUCAACAAGAAAUCCAGGUCGAGCAUGAAAAAUAUCAAAUGGGGAAACGAGAAUUGCAACGUUUGGCAAAACGACAACGAGAUGCUGCACUCCACAACCAAAGCUCCAGAGAGGCUCUUGAAGGACAAUAUGUUCUAAAAUGCUUGAAAUGUAACGAGUAUUUGUGCCUCUCCAGUGAACUGAGGAAAAUAAAAUCCCAAUACGGUUGUAUCAGUCAGGAUUUUAAAGAUCAUGUUUUCUGCAAAAAGAGCGACAAAAUUACAUACGAGGAUAAAGAUAUCAAAGUAGGCGUGGGAAAGAUAAUGUGCAAAAAAUGUCGUGUCAACAUUGGAAAUAUCGCUCUUUAUCAAGAAAUUUAUUUCCCUUUGCCGCAUAUCAAAGCCAUCAAGAUAGAAGAUGAUAUGAAAAAGGGCGAUCACCUUAAACAGUGGAAAAAGGUUGAAGAAAAGUAUUUCACGGUCAGUCCUCUUUCUGAUGAGGACUUGGAGAAGAUUUCCGAGUCUGGGAAACUUGUGGAAAUUGACUGACCAGCCUUUGAUCGUUAUACCAAAAAGUAUGGAACUCUGAUGGCUCUAAGCACUUUCUGAGGAAAAGGUUGCCUAAACAUGAAUA